AUGGUGAUUCCAAAAAUAGUGUGGUUUUUAACUUGUCAUAUUCUAAGUCCAUUUACUGAAAAGCGGUGGCUGUAUGGGAAACACCUUUGCUUGUUCUAUGCAUUUUGUGGGGUGUUGUUUGGGAUCUGCAGUCUCUCAACACUGACAUUACUGAUCACUGUUUGCUGCCUCAAAAUUUGUUAUCCAGCUUAUGGCAACAGGUUCAAGAGAGAACAUGGACAAAUCUUGAUAGCCUGUGCUUGGACUUACGCAGCAGUUUUUGCCUGGUCUCCCUUAGCUCACUGGGGAGAAUACGGAGCAGAGCCAUAUGGCACAGCCUGCUGCAUUGACUGGCGUUCCACCAAUGUAAAUGUCAUGGCCAUGUCUUACACAUUAGUCCUCUUUGUUUUCUGUUUUAUUCUCCCUUGCGGAGUAAUUGUGACUUCCUACUCUCUUAUUCUGGUAACUGUGAAAGAAUCCAGGAAAGCAGUGGAACAGCACGUCUCCAGCCCCACCAGGAUGAGCAAUGCGCAAACCACUACUGUAAAGCUGAGUGUUGCUGUGUGCAUUGGGUUUUUUGUUGCCUGGAGCCCUUAUGCUACCAUUGCCAUGUGAGCAGCUUUUGGAUCAAUAGAUAAGAUUCCUCCAUUAGCCUUUGCUGUGCCAGCCGUCUUUGCAAAGUCCUCCACAUUCUACAAUCCAGUUAUCUACCUCCUCCCGAAGCCGAAUUUCCGAAACACCAUUGCCAAAGAUUUCAUAGUUCUUCAACUGUUGUUCAUCAGGAGCUGCUUUUCUGUCAAGGCACCGCAGAACUACAGAUCAACUGUGAACACCACCCAGAGAACUUUUAAGGGCAAAGCCGAAUCCAGUUGUAAUUCUCCUCCAAUUGUGGAAGAAUGUUCUUUCUUCUCCCGUGAAAAGUGCAGUGAUAGUUUCAAAUGCUUUCAAAGCUAUCCAAAAUGCUGCCAGGAAAGCCUAAGUGCUAUGGAAUGCCCUCUUCAAGAAACUGUGUCCUUGGAGAGCAACCUCCAAGCAAAAGUGAGACAGGCCACUAAGAAGUCAGUAAAGGUGCUUGUGAGAGGAGAAAAAAGCACUGUAAUCAAUUCCUUGGAAAUCGCCUUGGGAGCAGUACCUGUGUGUCGUACAUUUACAGACCUCUAG